AUGGACUUUUGGACCAUGGCCGCCGGCGCGGGAUGGAACGACAGGACCCUGGUCGACCACUAUCGCUGCAGUUUGCGCGAGGACGUCCGUUUAAAGUGGUUUGGGAUUCUCCCUAACUUCUUCCGUCGCAGCUCAUUGUCUGACAAAUCCGACUCCAAGUCGUCCUCCUCCGAGCCUGAUGGGGCUGGGGCUCUGGACGUGGUAUCCUCCACCAUCGAUGUGGAGACAUUUGUUGACGACAUGGAUAUGAUGCAUCCAUGCACAUUCAGCUCCGCCCGCUCCAGCGACAACUACACCCACAUGGGCACCUUUCCCCGCUUCCUCCUCAGGAAGAGAGACAAGAGUGGGAAUUCUGAGAAAAUAGGGACCAAGAAGAUCAAGGAGAAGACAGGGGCAAGGCUGGGCAGGAGUCAGAGCCAGCGGCCGGCAGGGGACCGUGUGUGUAGCUCUCCCCUGCUCAUGGCACUAUCCAGCCGGCCUGGCUCCAGGAAGGACCAGCCUCUCUCACCUUUAUCCAGCCAGGCUGGUCCUGGUCCAAGGCCCCAAAGGGACCAAGGGCUGCCUCCCAUCCCCAGAGGAGGAUCACUCGAUAGGAAUGAACAUGGAGAACCACAGGCCCACUGUGAGGAAGAAGAACCACACCAAGGGCAGCUUAUGUCAGCUCAGGAUGUGGGGUCUAGUACCUCUAACGCCCCUCCGUUCACUUGUGAAGACGUCUCCAAAGAACACACAUUCACCACUGAUCAGGAGCCAUCUCCAACCCCCAAGCUUCCAAAGAAAAGCUUGCAGCAGCCUGGCACCCUUGUCACCCAUCAGAUCGAGGAGGGCCUCCCCAUGAAGAGAGCCAAUAACCUGGGUACAGACAGUAACACCAGCCUCCUGCCCGAGAGGGCCUCCAGUGGUUCUACUGAUAGAGACCUGGGAGAGGGUCUUCAGAGGGAAAGCCAGGCUGUUAUACCUGUGGACAGCCAGGCUAACUCCAACCAUCCAGGCAGCAUAGCCACAGUUUAUCUCCAGAGUGACCCAGCUGCGAUACACUCUGUGGCUUUGCCAGCCUCUCUGUCAACCCCAGAGCCCAUGGCCUGGCACCACGGCGCCCAACCAGUGGAGGAUUGUCCCCAGCCCGGCAAGGCCCAGCCCGGCAAGGCCCAGCCCGGCGAGACCCAGCCCGGCGAGACCCAGCCCGGCGAGGCCCAGCCCGGCAAGGCCCAGCCCGGCAAGGCCCAGCCCGGCAAGACCCAGCCCGGCAAGACCCAGCCCGGCAAGACCCAGCCCGGCAAGGCCCAGCCCGGCGCGACAGUGCACAUGAACCCUUUCAGUCUCCUCUCCACCAGCUUCAAGGAGGGAGGGAGGGAGGGAGGGAGCCACCAUGGAGGGGGAGGGGUUACCAAGGCAUUCUCCAAGGAGAAAUACCUGCUGGAGUCUCCACCGGAGAAACUACGCAAGGAGCUGGAAGAGGAGCUGAAACUCUGCAGCAGCGACAUCAGGAGCCAUGGCUGGUACCAUGGACACAUCCCUCGAGAGCUAUCAGAGACUGUAGUCCUGCAGAACGGUGAUUUCCUGAUCCGUGAUUCGCUGAUUAACAUGGGCGACUACGUCCUAACGACCCGCUGGAACCACGAGGUUCUGCAUUUUAAGAUCACCAAGGUCCUGGUCAAGUCCAGCACUGAGUCGAAGUGUUUCUUAUUUUAUCUUAAGGUCCAGUACCUGUUCGAGAAGGACAGCUUCGACUCCAUACCUGAACUGGUGAGGUUCUACGUGGCCGGGCGGCGGCCUGUCUCCCAGCCCAGUGGAGCCCAGAUCUACUGUCCAAUCAUACGCACCCUACCCCUGCGCUACCUGGAGGCCACAUUUGCCUUAGCCAAUAGCAGGCACAGCCUGGCCCACUCACCGUCCAGUCAGAGAGGAGCGUACAUCAAGAGGCGGAGCGUAACCAUGAACGACGGACUGACCACAGAGAAGCUGAUACCUCACAGCCCUUCUACUAUUCACAACCACAAGGAUGUGAUGAGGAACUGUGCCAUGAGUAUGGAUCAGAUCCAGGAGUAUCGCUGUCCCCUGUCUCCUGUAGGAGAAACACCUCUCUCCCCAGCAUACAGCCACAUCCACAGACACAGAACCCAGUCAGGGGGUAGAGUUCUGGCAGUGGUGCCCCCCUCACCAGUCCUGAGACGCUCCAGCGAGCCCCAGCUCAGCCCUGGCUCCAACAACAACCUACCCGACAUGCUAGCUGCCAGCUCCCACUCCACCCCGGCCCACUGCUCCUGCCCAGCCCCAGCAGUGGGCACUGAAACAGAGGGAAGCUACUGCGACCUCAGACCCUCCCCGGCCCCAUGCCCCGUGGCUCCGUGUGCCGCUGGCAUGCCCCCGACACCUCCAGCUAAGAGCUACGUGGAGCGGCUGCGUGUGGAGGAGGGCCGAGGGCCUGCCCCGGGGAGGGAGAACGGAGCAGGGGCUGGGGGAGAGGCGUUCAGCGUCCCCCUGGUGGAGACUGCCUCCUCCUUCAGACCAGGGAAGUACCUGUCACCCCUGAUCCCCCAGGAGAACAAGCCCUUAGAGAUGAGCGUACUGAAGAGAGUCAAGGAGUUGUUGGCUGAGGUGGACGCUAGGACGGCUGCUAAACACAUCACAAUGGCUGACUGCACGGUUGCUAGGAUACUGGGCGUUACCAAGGAGAUGCAGAGGAUGAUGGGAGUAGGUUCAGGACUGGAGCUUUUGACUCUACCUCACGGACAUCAGCUGAGACUGGACCUACUGGAGAGGUUCUACACCAUGUCUAUAAUGAUGGCUGUGGACCUGCUGGGGUGUACAGGCAGUACAGAGGAGAGGGCUGCUCUGCUCCAUAAGACCAUCCAGCUGGCUGCUGAACUCAAGAGCAACCUUGGGAACAUGUUUGGCUUUGCUGCUGUGAUGAGAGCACUGGAGCUGCCACAGAUUUCUCGCUUGGAGCAGACGUGGAUGACGUUGCGUCAGAGACACACAGAGGGAGCCAUCCUCUAUGAGAAGAAGCUCAAGCCCUUCAUGAAGAACAUGAACGAUGGCAAAGAGAGCAGUGUGCUGUCCAACACGUCCUUCCCUCACGUGGUUCCUCUGCUGUCUCUGUUGGAGAAGGGUGUGGCCGUGGGGGAGGGGCCAGGGGCGGGGAUAGAACCCUGGGAGAACGUGGAGGCGGGCGUUGAUGUGGUGAUGUCACACCUGGAGGCGGCCCGGACCAUCGCUCACCACGGGGUGCUGUACCGCACCAACGCUGAGGCCAAACUACAAGGCUUCCAGGAGAGUCAGGAAGUUCUGGAGAUCUUCCGGACAGAGUUCCAGAUGAGGUUGCUAUGGGGAAGCAGGGGUUCGGAGGGCAGCCAAUCGGAACGCUAUGAGAAGUUCAACAAAGUCCUGACCGCUCUGUCUCACAAGCUGGAGCCUCCUGUACGCCACAGCGAACUAUAGCACCCAUCUCACUGAACACCCCUAUACAAAGCACUGCGCUCACAGUGGUACGACCUGCCUCCCCAUACUGCAAGGCACCUUGAUGUGGAUGUCCAAAGUGAAUAAG